CCGGCCCUCUGACGGGAUGAAGCGUUUAGGGGCAUGCGAGCUCUUCGCCUUUGAUUAAAGCCCCUCGUCUGCCUUCAGUCUGAAGGCUGGGCACCGAGGAGGACGGAUCAGAGGGACCUGACCUGGCUUGGCCAUUCAUUGGAGAGGGAGAAGAAAAAGGAAAGAGGCAGACAAGGAAAGAAACUACUACCACUAACUAGCGCCCCCCCCCAAAAAAAAAAAAUAGAUUUUUUUCUCUCUCCCUCCCUGAUGGCUAUGUAACAAUCAUCCCUGUGGGUAGGUGGAAGGGACGAAGUGGGUAGAAAAUUUCAGCUUCGUGGGUGCAGGUUACAGUUGUGGACUCUGAUCGAUCCUGGAGAUGGAGCGUUGGUCCACAAGGUGGAAAACGAAAAGGUGGCUUUGGGACUCCACGAUAACCAUCUUCGUCGUAAUAGCUUUCAUCUUCCAAGCUGCAGAGGUCAGAGGAGCAACCCCAGUUGAUGUAUUAAAAGCAUUAGACUUUCAUAAUUCACCAGAGGGAAUAUCAAAAACAGCAGGAUUCUGCACAAACAGAAGAAAUUCAAAAGGUUCAGAUACUGCUUACAAAGUUACAAAACAAGCACAGAUCAGUGCCCCCACAAAACAGCUAUAUCCAGGUGGUACAUUUCCUCAAGAUUUUUCAAUACUAUUUACAGUAAAGCCCAAAAAGGGAAUCCAGUCCUUUCUUUUAUCCAUCUACAAUGAACAGGGUAUUCAGCAAAUUGGUGUUGAGGUUGGAAGGUCCCCUGUCUUUCUCUACGAAGAUCAGCAUGGAAAACCUGCCCCUGAAGAUUAUCCUCUUUUCAGAACUGUCAACAUUGCUGAUGGGAAGUGGCAUCGAAUUGCUAUCAGUGUGGAGAAAAAAACUGUGACUAUGAUUGUUGACUGCAAGAAGAAAACAACUAAACCACUCCAGAGAAGUGACAAAGCAGUUGUUGACACCAAUGGGAUAACAGUUUUUGGAACAAGGAUUCUGGAUGAAGAAGUUUUUGAGGGUGAUAUCCAGCAACUGUUAAUUACAGCUGACCCUAAAGCAGCUUAUGACUACUGUGAGCAUUAUAGCCCAGACUGUGACUCCCCUAGCCCCAAUGCUGCUCAGGCUCAGGAACCACAUAUUGAGGAGAAAAAGAAAUCCAAUUACCAAAAGAAGAAAAGAACAGUGGCCAGUAACUCAAAGGGAAAAUCCAAAAAGGUCACGCCUCCCAAAUCUGAAAAAAAUGCAUCUAAGAAGAAGAAAAGUUACCAGGCCGCAGCCAGAGGCAGACUAGGGGUAAAGGCAAAUGUUGUUGAUGAUUUUCAAGAAUACAACUAUGGAACAUCUGAAAGCUACCAGACUGAAAAUCCUAGGCGGGUAUCUGGACCAAAUGAGCAAGAUCCAGUUGAAGAAGUAUUUACUGAAGAAUACAUAACUGGAGAGGAUUAUGAUUCCCAGAGAAAAAAAGUCGAGGAUAACCAGUAUGAAAGCAAAGGAGUAGACGGCAGGGAUUCUGAUCUUCUGGUAGAUGGAGAUUUAGGAGAAUAUGAUUUUUAUGAAUAUAAGGAAUAUGAAGAUAAACCCACCAAUCCCACUAAUGAAGAAUUUGGUCCAGGUGUACCAGCUGAAACUGAUAUUACAGAAACAAGCAUACAUGGCCAUGGUGCCUAUGGGGAAAAGGGACAGAAAGGAGAACCAGCUGUGGUUGAACCGGGGAUGCUUAUUGAAGGGCCACCAGGACCUGCUGGACCUGCUGGUCUCAUGGGUCCUCCUGGUCUGCAAGGCCCCACUGGACCUCCUGGUGAUCCUGGUGAAAGGGGCCCAGCUGGACGUCCUGGUUUACCAGGAGCUGAUGGUUUACCUGGCCCUCCUGGUACCAUGUUAAUGUUACCAUUUCGCUAUGGUGGAGAUGGUUCUAAAGGACCAACUAUUUCUGCUCAAGAAGCUCAGGCUCAAGCUAUACUUCAGCAAGCUCGGAUUGCUCUCAGAGGUCCACCUGGCCCAAUGGGUCUAACUGGAAGACCAGGUCCUGUGGGUGGGCCUGGUUCAGCAGGAGCCAAAGGAGAAGGAGGUGAACCAGGUCCUCAGGGUCCUCGUGGUAUUCAAGGUCCUCCUGGUCCAACUGGCAAAGCUGGAAAAAGGGGUCGUCCUGGUGCUGAUGGAGGAAGAGGAAUGCCAGGAGAACCUGGGGCAAAGGGUGACAGAGGAUUUGAUGGACUUCCUGGUCUACCUGGUGACAAAGGCCAUAGAGGAGAACGUGGUCCCCAAGGUCCUCCAGGUUCUCCUGGUGAAGAUGGAAUGAGAGGAGAAGAUGGAGAAAUUGGACCAAGAGGUCUUCCAGGUGAAGCUGGUCCACGAGGUCUGUUGGGACCCAGAGGAACACCUGGUCCCCCAGGACAACCUGGUAUUGCAGGUGUGGAUGGCCCACCUGGUCCAAAAGGAAAUAUGGGUCCUCAAGGGGAACCUGGGCCUCCAGGUCAACAAGGAAUUCCAGGCCCACAAGGCCUUCCUGGUCCCCAAGGUCCAAUUGGCCCUCCUGGUGAAAAAGGUCCACAAGGAAAACCUGGUCUUGCUGGACUUGCUGGUGCUGAUGGGCCUCCUGGUCAUCCUGGCAAAGAAGGCCAAUCUGGAGAAAAAGGUGCUCUGGGCCCUCCUGGACCACAGGGUCCUAUUGGUUAUCCUGGUCCCCGUGGUGUGAAGGGUGCUGAUGGUGUAAGAGGUCUUAAGGGCUCUAAAGGUGAAAAGGGUGAAGAUGGUUUCCCUGGAUUUAAAGGAGACAUGGGUCUUAAAGGUGACAGAGGAGAAGUUGGACAAGUGGGCCCAAGAGGAGAAGAUGGCCCUGAAGGUCCCAAAGGUAGAGCAGGUCCAACUGGAGACCCUGGUGGUCCUGGUCAAGCUGGGGAAAAGGGAAAACUUGGAGUUCCAGGUUUACCAGGAUACCCAGGAAGACAAGGUCCAAAGGGUUCCACUGGUUUUCCAGGGUUCCCAGGUGCCAAUGGAGAAAAAGGUGCCAGGGGUGUAGCUGGCAAACCAGGCCCCCGGGGACAACGUGGUCCAACGGGGCCACGAGGUUCGAGAGGUGCAAGGGGUCCCACAGGAAAACCAGGCCCAAAGGGUACUUCAGGGAGUGAUGGUCCACCUGGUCCUCCUGGUGAAAGAGGACCUCAAGGACCUCAGGGCCCUGUUGGAUUUCCUGGACCAAAAGGACCCCCUGGGCCACCUGGAAAAGAUGGACUUCCUGGGCACCCAGGACAACGUGGAGAAACUGGAUUUCAAGGCAAAACAGGUCCCCCAGGACCAGGUGGUGUUGUUGGACCACAGGGUCCUACUGGUGAGACUGGUCCAAUAGGUGAACGAGGUCAUCCUGGACCUCCUGGACCUCCUGGUGAGCAAGGACUUCCUGGUGCAGCUGGAAAAGAGGGUGCAAAGGGAGAUCCUGGUCCUCAAGGUAUCUCAGGGAAAGAUGGACCACCAGGACUUCGUGGUUUCCCAGGAGAAAGAGGCCUUCCUGGAGCUCAGGGUGCACCUGGACUGAAAGGUGGAGAAGGUCCCCAGGGUCCACCUGGUCCACUUGGAUCACCAGGAGAACGAGGUUCUGCAGGUACAGCUGGCCCAAUUGGUUUACCCGGUCGCCCAGGGCCCCAAGGUCCCCCUGGUCCAGCAGGAGAAAAAGGUGCUCCUGGAGAAAAAGGUCCCCAAGGUCCAGCUGGACGUGAUGGUGUACAGGGUCCUGUAGGUCUUCCAGGUCCAGCUGGCCCUGCAGGCUCCCCUGGAGAAGAUGGAGAUAAGGGUGAAAUUGGUGAACCUGGACAAAAAGGAAGUAAAGGUGACAAAGGAGAAAAUGGUCCUCCUGGUCCCCCAGGCCUUCAAGGACCUGUUGGUGCCCCUGGAAUUGCUGGAGGUGAUGGGGAACCUGGACCAAGAGGUCAGCAGGGAAUGUUUGGCCAAAAAGGUGAUGAAGGUGCUAGAGGAUUUCCUGGUCCUCCUGGUCCCAUUGGCCUUCAGGGCCUUCCUGGUCCCCCUGGAGAAAAAGGUGAAAAUGGUGAUGUUGGUCCAAUGGGUCCACCUGGUCCUCCAGGCCCAAGAGGUCCUCAGGGUCCCAAUGGUGCAGAUGGUCCACAAGGCCCCUCAGGCUCAGUUGGCUCAGUUGGUGGUGUUGGUGAAAAGGGUGAACCUGGAGAAGCAGGAAAUCCUGGCCCCCCUGGUGAAUCUGGUCCUGGUGGUCCAAAAGGUGAAAGAGGAGAAAAAGGUGAAGCAGGGCCUCCUGGUGCUGCAGGACCUCCAGGAAUCAAAGGACCCCCAGGGGAUGAUGGACCUAAAGGCAACCCAGGUCCUGUUGGCUUCCCUGGAGAUCCUGGUCCUCCUGGUGAACCAGGACCUGCCGGCCAAGAUGGUGUUGGUGGUGAUAAGGGUGAAGAUGGAGAUGCUGGUCAGCCUGGUCCUCCUGGUCCUUCUGGUGAAGCUGGGCCCCCUGGACCUCCUGGAAAAAGAGGCCCUCCUGGAGCUGCUGGGUCAGAAGGAAGACAAGGAGAAAAAGGUGCUAAGGGAGAAGCAGGAUCAGAAGGUGCCCCUGGCAAAACUGGCCCUGUUGGCCCUCAAGGACCAGCAGGAAAACCUGGCCCAGAAGGUCUCCGUGGCAUUCCUGGUCCUGUCGGAGAACAAGGGUUACCUGGAGCUGCAGGCCAAGAUGGUCCACCUGGUCCUUUAGGUCCUCCUGGCUUACCAGGACUGAAAGGUGACCCUGGUUCUAAAGGGGAGAAGGGACAUCCUGGUUUGAUUGGUCUGAUUGGUCCUCCAGGAGAACAAGGUGAAAAAGGCGACAGGGGACUUCCAGGAACACAAGGAACUCCAGGAGCCAAGGGUGAUGGUGGGAUCCCUGGUCCAGCUGGUCCUGUUGGCCCCCCUGGUCCUCCCGGCUUGCCAGGUCCUCAAGGUCCAAAAGGCAACAAAGGUUCUUCUGGUCCUACUGGUCAAAAGGGUGACAGCGGUCUUCCUGGGCCUCCUGGGCCUCCAGGCCCUCCUGGUGAAGUCAUCCAGCCUUUACCAAUUUUGUCACCCAAAAAGACCAGACGGCAUGCUGAAGGUAUGCAAGCUGAUGCAGGAGAUAAUAUCCUUGAUUACUCUGAUGGCAUGGAGGAAAUCUUUGGUUCUCUCAACUCUCUGAAACAAGAUAUCGAGCGGAUGAAAUAUCCCAUGGGCACACAGAACAAUCCAUCCCGAACUUGCAAAGAUCUGCAGCUCUCCCAUCCAGACUUCCCAGAUGGUGAAUAUUGGAUUGAUCCAAACCAAGGCUGUUCUGGAGAUUCCUUCAAAGUUUACUGUAACUUCACAGCUGGUGGAGAAACUUGCAUUUCCCCUGACAAGAAAUCUGAAGGAGUAAGAAUUUCAUCAUGGCCAAAGGAGAAGCCAGGAAGCUGGUUUAGUGAAUUUAAGAGAGGAAAACUGCUCUCUUACUUGGAUGUAGAAGGGAAUUCCAUUAAUAUGGUUCAAAUGACAUUCCUUAAACUUCUGAGUGCUUCGGCCAGGCAAAAUUUCACCUACAAUUGUCAUCAAUCAGUGGCUUGGUAUGAUGUAACAUCUGACAGUCAUGACAAAGCACUCCGAUUCUUGGGAUCAAAUGAUGAGGAGAUGUCUUACGACAACAACCCUUACAUCAAGGCUCUUUAUGAUGGUUGUGCUUCACGAAAAGGCUUUGGAAAGAGUGUGAUUGAAAUCAAUACCCCUAAGAUAGACCAAGUACCUAUUGUUGAUGUGAUGAUUAAUGACUUUGGAGAUCAGAAUCAGAAGUUCGGAUUCGAAGUUGGCCCAGUUUGUUUCCUUGGUUAAGAUUAGGGCAAAGAACAUAUAAAUCGACAAACAUUUUACCUUGGUACCAGCAGUCCACUUUAUGCCACAUGCAAGUUUUGAAUAUGGAUGGUGUAGAAAAUGUCUUGCUGUGUAUGUAUGUAUGUAUUAUUUAGAAAAUGUGUUGCCCUUGUAGGGCCAGAAUCACAUGACUUAAUUUUUUUUGAAAAUCAUGAAAGACAUGUAUACUGUGGCACAGAUGGAAAACUUAGGGUUGAUUUUUCAUUCCCUAUUCUCUCCUCUUCUUCCCCUAUUUGGAUUCCUUUGGUGCUAUUCUUUUAAAAAGCAACAAACAUACAAAAAUCCAUCAAUAACAUAUAUAUAUAGGAAAGACAUGGUGCUCCUUUCCAUCCAUCACAGGAGGUGCUAAGAAGAUGUGUUUAAUAAAUUGUAAUUAUUUUAUGUACAGUACUAUACUGUUAUUUUCUUUGUCCAUUUUCAAAACUUGCAUGUGUCUCCGAAUUGCAUCUGGCUCUAACUUUAUAAAAUUACAAAACUCUGUUGAUGGCAAUAAAUACUGUGUAUGUAUUAUGCGAAAUAAAGCUGUAAUUUCCAGUGA